AAGGAUUUUAUUUUUUGAUUAUAGGAUAUAAGGAUAGAGACUAGUGAGGGUGUAACUAAAGAAAGAAACUACUUUCCAUGUGGAAACAAACAACAUUAGAAGCCAAUCAACAUACAACAAUCUCAUCCUCUCCACUCAAACUCCCUAAGCACACACCACACACAAUAAACUACAUCUCCAUUCUUAUAUUAUGCCCUUCAUCUUAUUUCAUAAUGUCCAUAAUGCCACUCACAUUCCUUCCUCUACCCUCCAUAUAGUUACUUUCCUUCAUGAUAACAAUACCUUAUUUGGUAAAUUCACAAGGUCCAACAUUUUUUGGAUUAACAUUGUUUAAAAAUUUAUUUGAUUUGAGGUUCAAAUUCUAAGUACUCUAUCCUCAUUAUUCCCGAAAACAAUAUUCAAUUUAGCUAGCAUUUAAGACUUGAUUAAUGUGUUCUUAUUUGUAAAAAAUAAAAUGAAGAAAAUGUAAAAGAAAUCUUCAAAUAUAAAAGCUCCUUGAGUCCAUACUAUAACUGACUCAUUAAGCUUUUUCUUUUCUUUUUGUUGCUUCAUUUAUAGUGAGCUAAAAAAAAAUUCUGUCCUUGCCAUGGUGGAUCGUGGUCAAGUGAAAACUACAACUUCUGCUAGUGACUUGUCUUUGAAGAAGCAAGAGCUUCUUUCUAGUGCCAUGAAAAGAACAAGUGAUUGGAUUUUUUCUCAAGAGAUUCCUAGUGAUGUCAAUAUCCAAAUUGGAGAAUCUUCCUUUACUUUACAUAAGUUUCCAUUAGUCUCCAAGUGUGGAUACAUUAGGAAACUCGUUUCAGAAUCUAAUGAUGCCGAUGUGUGCUUCAUUGACCUCUCCGAUGAUAUUCCUGGUGGAGCAGAAGCAUUUGAACUAGCAGCGAAAUUCUGCUACGGGAUAAACUUUGAGAUAAAUGUUGAAAACAUCGCUAUGCUACGUUGUGUGGCCGAAUUUCUUGAGAUGACUGAGGAUUAUGCAGUUGGAAACUUGGUAGGAAGAACUGAUGCAUAUUUGAAUGAUGUAGCAUUAAAAACCAUUGCAGGUUCUGUUUCGAUUUUACAUAUUUCGGAAAGUCUUCUUCCAAUAGCAGAGAAAGCGAAACUGGUGAGCAAAUGCAUUGAUGCAAUUGCUUAUAUUGCUUGUAAGGAAAGUCAAUUGUGUUCAUCUGGAAGAAGUGAUAGUGGUUCUGAGGGAGUGAUGUCGUCUUCUUUAUCGUCUCAACAAAGACCAGUUGUUGAUUGGUGGGCUGAAGAUCUUACUGUUCUUAGAAUCGAUAUUUUCCAAAGAGUUCUUAUAGCAAUGAUGGCUAGAGGGUUUAAACAGUUUGCUAUUGGUCCUAUUCUAAUGCUCUAUGCGCAGAAAUCUCUACGAGGUUUGGAUAUAUUCGGAAAGGGAAGGAAGAAGAUUGAACCAAGACAAGAGCAUGAAAAGAGGGUAAUUUUAGAGACAAUAGUAGGCCUAUUACCAAAAGAAAGGAAUGCAAUGUCAGUAAGCUUUCUAUCUAUGCUGAUUCGAGCAGCAAUAUAUCUCGAUACAACAGUUGCUUGCAGGCUUGAUUUGGAGAAACGAAUGGCAACGCAAUUAGGACAAGCUGUUUUAGAUGAUCUUCUCAUUCCUUCAUAUUCAUUUACCGGCGACACGUUGUUUGAUGUGGAUACAGUUCAGAGGAUCAUGAGUCAUUACUUAGAAUUUCAAAUUGGAAACCAUUUUGUCAUCAAGGGUGAUGAUGAAUACUUUUCUCCUCCACAAAGUGAUGUUGAACGGGUUGGAAAGUUAAUGGAAAACUAUCUUGCUGAAAUAUCUACCGAUCGGAAUUUAUCCGUUGCAAAGUUCAUCAGUUUAGCUGAAUUGAUUCCUGAACAAUCAAAGCCUACAGAAGAUGGGAUGUAUAGAGCCUUAGACAUUUAUUUAAAGGCUCAUCCGAAUUUAAGUGACAUGGAAAGAAAGAAAGUUUGCAGUGUAAUGGACUGUCAAAGAUUAUCACGAGAAGCAUGUGCGCACGCUGCUCAAAAUGACCGGUUACCAGUCCAAAUGGUAGUUCAAGUUCUCUAUUACGAACAGCAAAGACUUCGCGAUGCAAUGAACGGCACUGAAAGUGGUGAAUCUCCUUCUAAUCAAGCCAAACUAAAUGUGUAUUCAGGUGAUAUUCAAUUUAAUCCGGUUUCAAAUGAACUCACAAACUUACGAAGAGAAAAUCAAGACCUCAAAUUAGAGGUAGUGAAGUUGAAAAUGAAACUAAAAGAGAUUGAAAGUUCGACAGUUAAAUCAACGGCUGUAAGUUCGACAGUUAAAUCAACGGCUGUAUCAACGGUUAAUAGUCCUAUUGCAAAUGCUUCACCAUCUCAAUCUUAUUCUGCUGAUAAACCUCCUUUGCCUCGAAGAUCAUUUAUAAGUUCGGUUUCUAAAAAACUUGGGAAGCUUUCUCCUUUUCCACGCGUUGAUGGUAUUGUUGCACCUUUUACUAAAAGUCGCACAAAACCAAGCAAGAAUCGACGCCAUUCCAUAUCCUGAGAUCAUGAAAAUAAAUACAGGAGUACUAUUUUCGUAGUUUUUUGCUUCAUUUGUGUGAUUCUAUGUAAAUUAUGUCCUCAGGAUGUUUAAAGUGAUCAGAACCAUAUUGUAAAGGGUGGUGGUGAAAAAUAAAAUAAUUCUUCAGUUCGAUUAA